UUUGAUCGCACAUCUCUCAUCUCAUCCACUUUCUACCUGGAACCACAUUCAUUCCUUGUCCUGGCAAUUAUCAUAAAUUCUGUGAACUGCUUACUCUUACCCCGGUGGAAAUACAAGACUAAGCUUGGUCAUAUUGAAUAUUGCUGUAGAUGCGGUAAAGAUUUUGUCAAAGAAGAUGUAAUCCAAGAAUGUUUUUUAAAAAAUAAACAUAACCAUUAUCUUUUACCAUUCUGUAACUGCUAUCAGGGAUCUAUUCCUAAAUGCCCUGAAACCGUGACCAUUUGCAACCGCACUGUAGUUUGUCCAAGUAAUACAGUCUACAAUGAGUGUCAAGUAUCUUUUAUGAAUAAUGCCACGCUUACAUGCAACGACACUCUGCAAUGGGAUCCUUCUUUCCAGUGUCCAAAAGGAAAUGGAGAAAAGACAACAUUUCGAGAUCAAAUAAAACGUUUCGCUCCUGGUGAAGUACAAGAAUGCCCUCACAAUGUUUCUGUCUGUGGAAAAAAUAUUCAACCAACCAAAACAGUUGUUGGCACUGAAUUUGAGGAAUCACUAUUUGGCCAUCGUAUUCAUUUUAAAUGUCAAAGCAGCGGCGAAUGGCAAUAUGAUUAUCAAUGUGCAAAUGGCAAAGAAGCAAAAGCUGGACAAAUUAUAUCUAUCUGCUCAGGAGUACCGGCAUUCUUAAUAUUAUUAUUAUUAAUAUGUUACUGCAAAUCACAUAAAAAGAAAGGAAGCACCGUCACACAAUAUUUUAAGGAUAUAGUGGGAAAAUGUAUGUCAUGCGUCUUUCCAUGUAAAAGAGAGGUUGCCACAAAUGCUACAAAUGAUAAGCAACUUGAAUUAAUAGUGUCGCUAGUGCCCAGUGCUACUAGUGACAAUAAUACUUCAGAUGUUGAGGAGCGAAGACAAUUAUCCUGUACAGCUCAAAUUUCAAACAUUAACAAUGAAAAUACGUGUGAACAAGAACAGCCAAGAGAUACCCUUGAGCUUAUUAGGACAUCCAUUGAAUCUGAGAGUAAUAAUUCAGGAGAUAGUGGAUACUGUGAAGGAACUCAUGAAGAUGAUGCACAACAGAAGAACUGUGGCAAUGAUAUAUUGUUGCCUACAGCUAACAAUAUUGCAGAUGACAGCAUAUGUAACCAUGAUGAAAGUCUACCAACAGUCACCCCUACUCCAAAGAUGGAUAGAAAAACUAAAAGUAAACUGUUGAAAACUAUGUCAUUGAGUUUUAUUUUGGGCUCUGCUUCUUCAAAAAUUCAAAAUGGUUCAUUAUUGAGUCUGCCUGACAAUUUGGAUGAACCCAAGUGCCGUUUAUCAAUUCCAGUUCAAGAGCAUGGUAGCACAGCUGUAUCAGCUUAUGCGCUUGCUAGUUUAGAAUCAUCAUUCUUUGAUAUCAGUUUGAAUCAUGAAUUUUCCAGAAGAAAAAAUUUUACAUUUUAAACUUCAUAAGAAAAUUAUUUUUGACGACAAACCAAUGCAAACCAUCUUUUCUUUCAAUCUACACUCACAUACUCUUUUACUUGUUUCAGUAAAAAAUAGUACGAAUAUAAAUACAAAAAAAAAACAAUAAUAACAACAGGUGUCUUUUGACUCAGACGAAUUGAAUCAGCUGGCGUAUUUGAAAGAUAAGGCCUUAUGGCAGAUAAAGAAAGUGGUGUUAUCAUAGCGAAAGGGCUAUAGUUGGCCAGUGGUUACAUGAGAAGAGAAGAGAGAGAAAAAGAGGGGCAAAGGAAUUAAAGAGGGGGAGAAGAGAGAGAAAAAGAGGAACAAAGGAAUUAAGGAGGGAGAGAAGAAAGAGAGCGUGUCAAGGAUUGGUGAGA